AUGGCGUGGCGAUCUGGGUCGUCGUUGUCAAGGUCUCUGAUCUCAACCGCAAGAGCUUCAACAUUCCGGUCAUCGCCGUCGAUCUCAUCCCUCCCUCGCACUCCGCUUCGUAAUCUCCUCGGCGGCAACUCCCGCCGUACCCUCUUCUCCCUCCCGGUCAAUGCGGGCCAUUUGGCCUGCGCGCACUCGCUGAUGCCAUUGCACAGCGCCCUGGCUUCGGCUCGUCUCACAAGCCACAUCUCCGUCGAAGCGCGCCAUUGCUGCGAGCUGUCUCAGGGUACUUGAACAAGCUUCUGUUGGAUCAACACAGCAGCAGUUAUUGCUACAUUUCGUGGUGCUCUGAUAGUGAAAGCAUUCUAUACUCCUUAUCUUUGAUGAGGUGGGUAUAGUAAGUAAUUUCACAUUUUAGUGGAUAAUUUCUAGUUUCACAACUAUGUGUUCAUUUUCUUAGAAGCCAUUUGACCCGUGUUGGCUUUUUUGUUCAGAAUUACAAGUCCAUACAACUACUUAAUCUGUCUGGUCAUGUUAUUUUACUACUGUUUAUUGCGAUUUGAAUCUAUGGAUCCAAAUUGAAAUUUAAUAUGUGACAUAAAGGGGUUCAAUUGUUGUUCCCGUAAGCUGCA